AUGGCCCCUAACCCUCUUGAUCCUCAGAAACUUCCUAUAGUUUGCAGAGAUAUAACAGUUGAGUACCGUGAAUAUGUUAAGAAAGUGGGGAUAAUAGUGUUUGAAUUGCUUUCUGAAGCAUUAGGCCUCAAUUCCAAUUACCUCAAGGACAUAGAUUGUGCAGAAGGACUUUUCUUACUUUCUCAUUAUUCUCCACCUUGUCUUGAGCCAGAAUUGACUUUUGGUGCCAGUGCACAUUAUGACAGUAGCUUCAUCACUGUUCUCUUACAAGACCAGCUUGGUGGCCUCCAAGUUUUCCACCAAAAUCAGUGGGUUGAUGUCACACCGGUUUCUGGUGCCUUAGUCGUUAACCUCGGCAACAUGAUGCAGCUAAUCACAAACGAUAAGUUUGUGAGUGUUAAACACAGAGUUCUGGCACAAAAAAUUGGACCAAGAGUUUCAGUAGCAAGCUUAUUCAGGCAGCAUCUCCCCCUUGAGAAUUCAAGAAUAUAUGGACCUAUAAGAGAGUUGCUGACACCAGAGAAUCCUCCAGUUUACAAGGAAACACCAGUGAAGGACUUGGUUUCACACCACAAUGGGAAAGGGUUAGAUGGUACUUCUGCCCUAGAACCCUUCAGGUUGUAA